AUGUCGUUAGCCAUGGACAAAGCUCUUAUGGCAUUAACUCUCGAUGAAGAAGACGUACCGUUCGAGAUGCCAGACCUCCCUGAGUUUAGCUCUGCAGAAGAAAACAAGCUGAGCUUAAUGGGGAGGCUCUUGAACCCAAACAGGCAAAAGAUGCCCAAUCUUAUCAUGAAGAUGCCUAGGAAAUGGCAGAAGGAAGGAAGAGUCAUUGUGCUAGAGAAAUGGGUUGAAAACCCACCGGAAGACUAUCUUCAAUAUCUCCCUAUGUGGGUUCAGAUCCGAGACAUACCAGUCAACUUUUACACCUCUGAAGCGUUGACAGCGCUAGGAGAUCUGGUAGGGAAGACUGUGUUGGUUGCCUUUGACCCAUUGAAGCCUAUAACUCAAGACUUCGUUAGGGUUUUGGUGAAGUUUAACGUGGCAAACCCUCUGCGCUCGACGAAGGUGGUGACGUCGAAAGGCAAAUCCUCAGUGGUGCGCUAUAACUAUGAAAAGAUUCAAAAGCGCUGUUUUGAAUGCCAGAGACUGAACCACAAGAAGGAUUUCUGUCCUCUUGUAGUCCGACAAAGACAGGAAGCGACGAGGGUGAGGAAGAAAAAAAUCUAUGCAGAGAUGGAGAAGAAGAAACCAGUGUUAGCAGAGGACGAUGUCCUAUUUGGUGUGCUUGAGGAGGACCAAGUUAACAUGGAUGCUUCUACUGGGAAAUGGAAGAUAGCUAAGGAGGUUCUGGAAGAAAUGAGGAGGUACCUUUUGGCUGAUACAGGGGAAAACAGAGAGAUCAAGAUUGACAAGAAAGCUGACUCGGUGACAAGCGUACGAAGCAAUCCUCAAAAGCUUAUUGCAGCUUCUUUCCAAGCUCAUGCGUCACUCUCUAGGCGCUCAGCUCCCCCUCUAUUAACUCUUUGGAGAGGGGAGGAUGGCUCUGAGACAGAGGGCUCAUUAUGCUCUAACUAUUCGACGGUGUUCAAGGCAAGUAAAGCUUCGAACUUUGCUCCUUGUUCUUCCGGAAUUGUGAAAAGCAGAGCGGCGGUUAGAAGAAGGCCACUGAGAUCUGUGAGACAAAAGAUGUUGAAGGAAGCGGUGGUUCCAGACAAAUGUAUGCUUGAAGAUAGAAGAGAAGGCAAGCAGGAGAUGAGUAGCAGUAAAAAGAGAAAGUGCUCAGAGAAGGAGGAGGUGGUCAAAACAACCAACAAGGCAGUGUGCCUAAAGGUGAACCCAAAUGAGGGAUUGCCCAAAGCCCAAUGA